AUGAAUUUUUCAAUGUAUUUCCAAUUAACUACGUUAUACCUAAUAGUGUUAAGCUAUAAUAAGCCUGUGUCGUGUUUAAAGUGUUAUCAAUGCUCAUCACUGACGGAUCGUGGAUGCUACAAGUACAACUUGAAACAGAACCAUUUGAAAAACUGUGAAAAUAACACGAAAUCGCAUCAAGCACCUGUCUGCCGAUCAUUGAUGCAAAUAAAUUAUUUCACUUUAGAGCAGGAUCUCGUCGUGAUUAGAGAAUGCGCCUACAUCUAUAAACAGCCACUAGGGUGUGAACAAUCCAAAUUCAGCAACAUACAUUACUCGUUGGUGUGCGAGUGCAAUGAAGACGGAUGCAAUAAAGGAAGCAAUUUAUCGGAAGAGCCUAAAUUACUUCUUUUGAUGUUCUUGUACAAGAUGAUGACAUAA